UUUGGAGGCAAUCUCUUCUACUCGUGGUUGGAUUUGAUUUGUUCAGUUUGUUUUGUGGGUAGAAUCGGGUUCCCCUUUUGCUUGUUCUUGCGCAGGGGGAGCGGGCGCCCGCAAGGCGCGGCCACCGGCGGCGCGCAGAGGAGUGCUGCGCGUGGCGGCGCCAGGCUUGGCCGCAGCCCAGCCAGCGGCAGCUCGCACGGCGCACGGCGGCGUCCGUGGGCCCCUCGGCCAGGGGCGGAGGCGCUAGGCGCUCUGCAGCAGGCGGUGCUUCCCAGGGGCGGGAGCAGUUCGUGCGGAGCACGUCCGCCCAGGCCAGCAGGGAGGCAAGAGCCGCGCGGGGGACCUGCUGCAGGCGGACCCAACCAGCAGCAAGCACUGCACACAAGGCCGGACGCGAGCAGUCAUCCCAGGAGAGGCAGCGCUCCUCCAGGCCAGAUCGAGCAGGCCGCUGCCCACACACAGCACGCUAGCAGCACAAGGCCACGUCGGGCAAGCAGCACAAACGGACGCACGAAGCAGACCAAGCAGCACUGUGCAUGCUCGGCAUCUCAACGACAGCAACCAAGCGCUGCUCCACCCCCGCCCCUCUCCACCUGCCGCUUGCCGCUCCUCUCCAGUCUGUUCGCCGCCAGGGAGCAGUGUCGCUAUCCUUUCCAUCCGGCCGCGGGAAGCAGCUCAGCCUGUGGAAAGAGCGUUGGAAAGAUGUUGGCAACUAAAAGGUGUGGUGAUAGUCUUAUAAGAAGCUCAGAUGAGAGUAAAAGAACCAGGUCAUUGGUUUCAGGUGACUCAAAUUGGUACCCUGAUGAAGGUAUCUGGAGUGGCCUGGGUAAAGAAGGUGUUUUGAGAUUGUCCAAAAGUGUUGUCUCGCUUGCUUUGUCAGAUGGGGAUACAGUGCUAUUUUCGUGCUCUGGCAUAGCUAUAAAAUUCAUGAUGAAUGCUACAAGGUUUCUGACUUCAGCAAGUUUGGUUCGAGCUUUCGAGAGUUAUAAAGACAAAAACCAUAAUAACCUUAAGAUUGAAGUGCGCCAUGAAGGAAAAGUCGCCACUGGAUUUCUGAAGGAAUCUGAUUUGGACCUUGAGAUUGCUAUUGUCCACAUCGAUUCCUCCUUUGAUGUUCGUCCCGUAUUUCUCUAUCAUUGGAAUCAAUUUAUGCCCUUUUGCGAUGUAGUAUCAUUAGGGCGUGACACAUCAGGCAAAUUAAUGGCCAUAACUGGGAAGCUUACUCGUGACUGGAGUGGAUCUAAUGAAAGUGAAUAUCUUAUGUUCACUUCUUGUAAAUUAUCUGAGGUUUGGGAAGGUGGCCCUCUUUUUAGUUAUGAUGGGGAGUUUGUUGGCAUGAACCUUGUUCCAAGUAUGAAAAAAUCAUUUUUCUUGCCCACGAGUUUGAUUAUUGAACGGCUGCAGCAUUUCUGGACAUCUCUGGAAAGGAAUGCAUUUCUGACACGGGUAAAAGAGUUAAAGAAAUUGAGGGUUGGAGAACUGACAGAUGAUACACAGGACUCACAACCUGAAGGUGCUCCGAACAAGGAUCAUCUAGAAGUGGUGGGCUAUCCCAAGCCAACUGGCACUGGCAGUGGAAUGAAAUUGGUUUAUACUUUCGAAGAGCCUUUUGGUGAUGUUUACCAAGAUGGUAUCUGGAAGAAACUUGGUAAAAGAUUUUGUCGAAAGAUAUGUCGAAGUGUUGUCUCCCUUGCUUCAUUUACUGGAGAUACAAGGUAUUUUGCAUGUUCUGGAAUUUUUAUUGACUGGGAUGGUAAAUGCCGAGACAAUGAAUGCCAGAUUAUUCUGACUUCGGCGAGCUUAGUUAGAAAUCCUGAUUAUCCCUAUGAUGAUGGAGACAAGAUUGUUGAAGGAUUGAGGAUUGAAGUGCGUCUUCCGAGCAACAGACGAAGAGAAGGGACGUUAUAUACAUUACAAUUUGCAAUAUAAUGUUGCUUUAGUCAGUGUCCAAGAAUUAUGUGCUGUCCCUCUAGCCAUUUCUAAACACGGGUCACUAAUUUGUUCUUCUAAGUUAGUAGCUGCUGUUGGGCGUUGCUUCAAAUCAAAUGAUUUGAUGGCUUCAAGUGGGCAACUGGUUCCCUCCUGGUCGGGUCAAUUUGAUGGCAAAAAGCUUCAUUACUCUACAUGUCGUAUCACUAAGGCCGGGAUUGGAGGGCCCCUUGUUGAUUAUGAUGGGAAUUUUAUUGGCAUGAACU